GCCGCCGUCUCGCGAGAUAUGAUGUCGGGAUUAGCUGUCAGGCAGGAGCCAAGUAGCUGGACAUUAUUGGCGUUGCGGGACGUUUAAGCAGGGAUCUGGGACUGCGGAUUUUGUGGAAUAAAAACGGGACGUUACCGCGAAGAGCGGGACUGUUGGGCGGUAUGCAUCCCUAAGAUCCCACGAGGCACGGACCAUGCAUUUACACCAGGUCCUGACCGGGGCGGUGAACCCGGGGGAUAACUGCUAUUCGGUGGGCAGCGUUAAUGACAUUCCAUUCACGGCCUAUGGAUCAGGAUGCGACAUUGUCAUACUAGCAAAUGACUUUGAGUGUGUACAGAUUAUUCCCGGUGCUAAACAUGGAAAUAUUCAAGUUAGCUGUGUGGAGUGUUCCCAGCAGCAAGGCAGGAUUGCUGCAUCUUAUGGCAACACUGUAUGUAUAUUUGAACCGUUUGAAAACAUAAACUCCCACAAGCGAAAUAGUCAACUAAAAAAGCAGUGGCUCAGGACAGGACAGUUUUUCCUGAGUUCAGUGACUUACAACUUAGCAUGGGAUCCUCAAGGUAACCAGUUGUUAACAGCUACUGAUUAUUUACAAUUAUGGGCCCCUCCAUCAAGUGACAUUCUAGAAGAGGAAGAGGAUGAUAUGGACAGCCCUGACAUGGAGAAUAAAGUUCAGCCUGCCCUGAAUGACUGGAAUUGUAUCUGGCAAUGCAAGACUGCAGUCUCUGUGCAUCUGAUGAAAUGGUCCCCAGAUGGUGAAUAUUUUGCAACAGCAGGAAAGGAUGACUGUUUGCUAAAAGUUUGGUAUCCACUUACUGGUUGGAAAUCAUCUUUCUUACCUCAAGAAUAUCAUGAAAAGAGGGAAAGUUUAAAGGAUGUGCAUUUCUCUUUUGUUUACUUGGCUCAUCCAAGGGCAGUGAUUGGCUUCUCAUGGCGGAAUACAAGCAGGUUUAUGCCAAGGGCUUCUGUGUGCAAUUUGCUCCUUACAUCCUGCCAGGAUGGCAUUUGUCGCCUCUGGGCUGAAACCUUAUUGCCAGAGGACAGUUUGCUUGGAGGUCAAAUAAUUGAGCAAAAUAGCUGUAGCAGCAGCCUAUCCUAUUUAGGGAAACAGAAGGACAAGAUUGAACAUGCACUUGAGACAAUUCACCAUUUGAAACAGUUGAGAAGAGGGAGAAGAAGAUCUUCUGUCCUUGCAAGUCACACAGAAGUACUGCCAAGUCAACAUGAUGUCCAUUGCCACAUUUCACACCACGCUAACUCACUGUGUCACUUCCAUAUAGCAGCAAGCAUUAAUCCAAACACAGAUAUCCCAUCUGUUUUGGCUGGAACGGCAUUUAAUUUAGAGGAGGGUUAUGGGGGCUUUGUUGUUCAUUGGCUAAACAAUAAGGAAUUACACUUUACAUUAUCAGCUGAACUGUUUGUUCAGUAUUUAAAAACGAUUGUUGAUCAGCAGACUGAUAAGGGUGAUGAGGAAGACGAGGAAGAAGGACUCCUUAUGAAACUCGAUAAUGGUGAGCCAGAGGGUGGAGGAUCACUUACAGGCUCUCCUGAGCAUGAGGAAGCGGAAAAGGAUUUGAGCACCAAAGCAUCUUCACCUGGCACUACAUUGUCUUUACCCACAGAUUUACUGGACCGCAAAAUUGAAACACUUCUUUCAGAGUGGAAUAAAAAUGCAGAUAUGCUGUUCACAAUUCACCCUGUUGAUGGCACCUUUCUUGUGUGGCAUGUAAAAUAUUUGGAUGAGUACAAUCCGGGGAUCUUUAGACAAGUUCAGGUCUCUUUUUCUUCUCGGAUUCCAGUUGCUUUUCCUUCAGGAGAUGCCAGCUCUCUAAGCAAAAACAUUAUAAUGUAUGCUUGUACUACCUCAACCAGGGAGGCUGUGUCUGCUGCACUGCAGCAAGAGAAAAUGACCUCCAGCGUCUUUGCUGUAAAUUCAUUGACUUGUACAAGAGACCUUCUAAAUAAGAAUGUUAAAUCUUCAACAGUCAUGAUGGUGUCAAAGCACAUUGAUGGAUCUUUAAAUCAGUGGGCAGUUACUUUUGCAGACAAGUCAGCCUUUACCACUGUGCUUACUGUGUCUCACAAGUUUAGAUAUUGUGGUCACAGAUUCCACCUAAAUGAUCUUGCCUGCCACUCUGUUCUACCUCUGCUGCUAACUUCAUCUCAUCACAAUGUGCUGACAACCCCAGACACGGACAGUCCAUGGGAGCUGGAACGGAGCAGUAAAGUUGCAGAUCCUAUGAAGAACUUGAAAGGUUUUCCUGGAGAACACUUCAGAAAUGCUGCUACUCAAACCUUUUAUGAUCCAAAUGCUAUUUAUAGUGAACUUAUAUUAUGGCGUGUGGAUCCAAUUGGUCCCUUGUCAUAUAGUGGGGGAGUUUCAGAACUAGCUCGAAUAAAUUCUCUGCGUACUGCUGCUUUCUGCAAUGUGGCAUGGCUUCCAACACUUAUACCAAGUUACUGCUUAGGUACAUACUGCAAUUCUGCCAGUGCUUGCUUUGUUGCCUCUGAUGGGACAAAUUUAAGGCUAUACCAGGCUGUUGUAGAUGCACGGAAGCUUCUGGAUGAGUUAUCAGAUCCAGAGUCCUCUAAACUUAUUGGUGAAGUAUUUAACAUUGUAAGUCAGCAGUCUACAGCUCGACCUGGGUGUAUCAUUGAACUUGAUGCAAUUACAGACAAGUGUGGCUCAAGUACUCAGCUGCUUCAUGUCUUUCAAGAGGAUUUUAUUUUGGGUUAUAAAGCUCAUAAAGAAGAAAUGAAAGAGAACGAGACAGAGGUUUUCUUCCAGCCAUCCCAAGGUUAUCGUCCACCACCUUUUUCAGAGAAAUUCUUUCUUGUGGUUAUUGAAAAAGAUUUUAACAACCGCUCCAUUCUAAAUAUGUGGCACCUUCACUUGAAAUCUGUCCAAGCUGUUGUGGCAAAGCCUGCUGAAGUCACAGUAUCUGAAAACUUUCUUAACGUUCCUGGGCAACAAACUGCAGAAUCCUCACCUGAUACCUCUCCUGGUACAAGUCCUAUGAUACGAUCAGCAUCAAUUGCCAACCUUCAGACAGCUAGCAAGUUAAUUCUAAGCUCAAGACUUGUGUAUAGUGAACCACUUAAUAUUCCAAGAGGUGUAGAAGUGAUAAGGGCAACUCCAUCAGCAGGCCACCUAAGUUCAUCCUCUAUUUACCCAGUGUGCCUUGCGCCAUACCUACUGGUUACAACCUGCUCUGAUAACAAAGUUAGAUUCUGGAAGUGCAAUGUAAAGUCAUUUCAAGAUGUUGGAAAUGAGGAACAGCAUAGCUAUCAGUGGAAAGAAUGGUCUUUAAUGAAUGAUGGACAGGACAAAAGCACUAGUUCUGUAAGCAUUGCAGGAAAACCCGUUGCUGUAAGCUGUUCUUAUACAGGAAGACUUGCCGUGGCAUACAAGCAACCCAUUCAGCAUAAUGGCUUUGUUUCCAAAGAAUUUUCUAUGCAUGUCUGCCUUUUUGAAUGUGAAUCUACUGGGGGCUCAGAAUGGGUCUUGGAACAAACCAUUCAUCUUGAUGACUUGAUCAGGAUUGGGAGCAUGCUUGAUGCUCGUGUCAGUGUUGACAGCAAUUUGUUUGUGUAUAGUAAAUCUGAUGUGUUCUUAAACAAAGACAAACAUUUAAUGCCCAACAUGAAAUACUUAGUACAUUUAGACUGGGUGUCAAAGGAAGAUGGUUCACAUAUACUCACAGUGGGAGUUGGCUCCAAUAUUUUUAUGUAUGGGCGACUCUCGGGUAUUGUAACAGAUCAAACCAACAGCAAGGAUGGAAUUGCUGUCAUUACUUUGCCACUAGGUGGUAGUAUAAAACAAGGCAUUAAAUCAAAAUGGGUCCUGCUCAGAUCAGUUGACUUGGUGUCUUCUGUGGAUGGCACUCCUUCCUUACCAGUUUCAUUGUCAUGGGUCAGAGAUGGGAUCCUAGUGAUUGGAAUGGACUGUGAAAUGCAUGUGUAUGCACAGUGGAAACAUGGGAUAAUGCCUGGUGAUAGUGAAACCACCGCAAGUGAAGACAAAGUAGUAAAAUCUAAGUCUGAAUUAUUUCAGACACAUCUUGUCAGUAAGAAAACUAGCGUUAUUGAUGGAGCAGCUAUUGUAGAUGAUGUCUUUGGAGGCCCGACUGUAAUUCAGGAUGGAGGUCUGUUUGAGGCUGCCCAUGUAGUAUCCCCAACCCUUCCACAGUACCACCCUACUCAGUUGCUUGAACUAAUGGACCUGGGAAAAGUAAGAAGAGCAAAAGCUAUACUAUCACAUUUGGUAAAAUGUAUUGCAGGAGAAGUUGCCAUAGUUAAAGACCUUGAUGCUGGAGAUGAGGCUGCACCAAAACGUCAUCUUUCAAGAACUAUUAGUGUGAGUGGGAGCACUGCAAAAGAUAUGAUAAUAACAGGGAAGGAUGUAACCCGAGAGUACACAGAAAUAGAUUCUGUUCCUCCACUGCCACUAUAUGCCCUUCUUUCUGCAGACCAAGAUGCUCCAUAUCCAGGUACAGAAGAAACUACAACGAUGACACAGACAAAAUGCAGCUUUGAUACUAAAGCAGAGGACCAGUAUUCUGAUUUAUUUCAUAUUCAAACUGUGACAACUGAUGAUUUUAUUGGUUUAGAAACUGAGAAAAAAGAAAGUAAAUCCAAAGUAAUCAACCUUUCUCAGUAUGGUCCAACCUUCUUUGGGCGUGAGCAUGCCAGUGUGCUUUCCAGCCAUCUGAUGCACUCAAGUUUGCCAGGCCUGACACGUUUAGAACAGAUGUUUCUUGUUGCUUUAGCAGACACUGUAGCCACAACAGGUACAGAGCUUGGAGAAAGCAGAAAUAACAACUAUACAGGGGGAGACAAUCUGGAUGAAUGUGGUUUAAGAUACUUGCUGGCCAUGCGUUUGCACAACUGCCUACUGACAUCACUUCUGCCUCUGUAUAGAAUUCAAUUGCUCCACCAAGGCUUAUCCACCUGUCACUUUGCAUGGGCGUUUCACUCAGAGGCUGAAGAGGAGUUAAUUAACAUGAUUCCAGCUAUUCAGCGUGGUGAUCCACAGUGGUCAGAACUUAGAGCAAUGGGCAUUGGUUGGUGGGUCCGUAACAUUAACACACUCAGAAGAUGCAUCGAGAAGGUUGCUAAAGCAUCCUUUCAGAGAAACAAUGACCCAUUAGAUGCUGCAGUUUUUUACCUCGCAAUGAAGAAGAAGGCUGUGCUUUGGGGUCUCUUCAGAUCCCAGCAUGAUGAAAAAAUGACGCAAUUCUUUAGCCAUAAUUUUACUGAAGAUCGAUGGCGUAAGGCAGCAUUAAAGAAUGCUUUCUCUUUGCUUGGAAAACAACGUUUUGGGCAGUCUGCUGCUUUCUUCUUACUGGCUGGCUCAUUAAAGGAUGCUAUUGAGGUAUGUUUGGAAAAAAUGGAAGACAUUCAACUUGCAAUGAUAAUUGCCCGUUUAUAUGAAUCAGAAUUUGAUACAUCAUCAACAUAUGAGUCUCUACUCUUCGAAAGAGUAUUGGGCUGCCAGAAGGACGGAACAAGUUUCUGCUGCGCAAAACUACACCCUGAUCCCUUUCUUAGAAGCAUUGCUUAUUGGAUAAUGAAGGACUACACAAAGGCAUUAGAUACUCUGCUGGAGCAAACACCAAAAGAAGAUGAUGAAAACCCCAUUCUUAUCAAAUCAUGUAAUCCAGUGGUCUUCAGUUUCUACAAUUACCUCCGGACUCACCCUCUGCUGAUCCGCAGACAUUUUGGAGCUCCUGAAGCAAACUUUGCAACUGUAGGUUUGAAGACUGAAAAGAAUUAUGUGGAUGAAAUUACACUUAUAGAAAGAAAAUUGUUUUUCACAACUGCUAAUGCUCAUUUCAAAGUUGGAUGUCCUGUUCUUGCUCUAGAAGUUUUAUCAAAGAUUCCCCAACUAACCAAAACCUUUCCUAUUAAUGAUGAAGACAUAUGUUUGCCUUUGUUUGACAAAAGCAGUUUGCAAACUGCUAACAAAUUUAGCAUCAGUAGAGAAGUGAAUGAACCAGUAUCACCAGUCAUAAAAGUGACUGUUUCUGAAGAUUCUGCAUCUGAUUUUGACUGGGGGUUGUCCGCUUUGAAGGUAGAGGAUGAGUCACUUCAGCUAGAUUGGGGUGAUGAAAAAGAAAAUGAAACAGAUUAUGAGGAUGCCUUAGAAAUGAAAACUCUUGAAACUCAUGAUCACAAGGUGAAAGAUGUAAGUCCAGCGGUCCAGUCAGUAGAAAUCAUAUCUGGAGGCAAUGAAGUUGAUGUGAUUGCUGAACAGCUUAAGUUCAGGGCAUGUAUGAAAAUUCUCAUGACUGAGCUUAGAACUUUAGCUACAGGACAUGAAGUAGAUGGUGGAAAAUUGAGAUUCCAACUCUAUAACUGGUUGGAAAGAGAAAUUGCUGCAAUGCAUAAGAUAUUCAACCAUGAAUCUGACAGCAAAGAUUAUACAAGUGAAACUUAUGAAUCCUGUGAGAGUUUAGAUACUCGGGAAGAAAAAACUGAUAUUGGAUCAUAUGAACGCCAUCAGAUUGAACGACGCAGGUUGCAAGCCAAACGUGAACACUCAGAGAAACGAAAGCGUUGGCUGCAACAGAAUCAGGCUCUGUUAAGGGUAUUUUUGAGUUAUUGCAGCUUACAUGGUGCACAAGGAGGUGGUCUUGCCUCUGUACGAAUGGAACUUAAAUUUUUACUGCAAGAGUCACAACAGGAAACAACAGUAAAGCAGCUUCAAUCACCGCUUCCUCUUCCUACAACACUCCCCUUGUUGUCUGCAAGUGUCGCUGUGACAAAAACUGUAAUUGCUAACCCUGUGCUAUACCUGAAUAAUCACAUCCAUGAUAUUCUGUACACUAUUGUACAAAUGAAGAAUCCUCCCCAUCCAGAUAAUAAAGACCCAAAGGUGGACACACUUCAUUUGUUGGGAGCAUCAUUGUCUGCCUCUAUAUACCAAGCUUUGUGUGACAGCCAUAGUUACAGCAGCCAGGGGGAAGCAAAUCAGUUUACUGGAAUGGUCUACCAAGGCCUACUUUUGAGUGAGCGACGGAGGCUGAGAACAGAAAGCAUCGAAGAACAUGCCACACCAAAUUCACUACCAGCGUCAUGGCCAGGUGUUAGCUCUCUUAUAAACCUCCUUACAACGGCACAAGAUGAAGAUCAGCCUAAACUGAACAUUUUGCUGUGUGAAGCUGUUGUAGCUGUAUAUGUGAGCCUUUUGACACAUGCCCUUGCCACUGACUCCAGCAGUCAAUUGUUUCGGCUUGCAGCUCAUCCAUUGAGUAGUCGAAUGUGGGCAGCUAUUUUUGGGGGUGGAGUGAAGCUUGUUGUGAAACCAAGAAAACCACCAGAAAGUGUUCCAGGUAAAACAAAAGAUUUUGAUGAGCACAAAAAAGAAAGUGCUUGUCCAUUGCCAAAUGAGAAGCAACCUACACAAGACUCUGCAUUGCUUUACCGAAAAGAAAACACAUCUAUCAUUGAUAUGGCUCUUGAGUAUCAAGUGUGUGCCAUCCCUGUCCUAUCUGAAGAAAUAGAUAAGCAUCGUCGUAGGUUUAACAUGCGAAUGCUUGUGCCAGGUCGACCAGUAAAAGAUGUUGCUGUCCCACCACCAGUUCCUACAGAGAGACCAACAUACAAAGAAACAUUUAUUCAUCCUGAGUUGAGCAUGUGGGAUUACUUUGUUGCCAAGCCUUUCCUCCCCCUGUCUGACAGCGGUGUCAUUUAUGACUCCGAUGAAAGUAUACCAAGUGAUGAGGAGGAAGAAGACGAUGCAUUUCUUUCAGAUACUCAGUUACAGGAGCACACAAACUCAAGCUCCUACAGCUGGACACUGAUACGCUUGGCAAUGGUGAAACUUGCAAUCCAGAAUCUUAAGCAGUUCUUUCCCAUAGCUGGCCUUGAAUUAUCUGAUCUCCCUGUCACAUCACCAUUGGGCAUUGCUGUUGUAAAAAACCUAGAGAAUUGGGAGCAGAUACUUCAAGAGAGAAUGGAUCAGUUUGAAGGCCCCCCACCAAACUAUAUAAAUAUAUAUCCUAGUGAAUUAGCUACAGGGGCGGGACCUGCUGCCUUACGUCUCAAGGCAUUGUUGGAUGCUGACAAUACACCAUUUAAGUCCAAAGAUUACACUGCACUUCCAGUUCGAAGGCUUUGGCACUUUCUUGUUAAACAGGAGCUUCUCCAGGAUUCAUUUAUAAGAUAUGCCUUUACCAAGAAAAGAAAGCAGAGUGAGUCAGUAGAAGACAGUGUGGAGCGUUACAAAGUAAACAACGAUCAUCAGAAAAACAAGGUUGAAGCAGACCUUGGUUAUCCAGGAGGAAAAGCAAAAGUAAUUCACAAAGAGUCUGACAUGAUUAUGGCCUUUGCAAUUAACAAGGCAAACAACAAUGAAAUUGUCUUGGCUUCCACUCAUGAUGUGCAAGAAUUAGAUAUCUCAAGCCUUCUGGCAGCUCAGCCCUAUAUAUGGAUUGGAGAAGAAUAUGACCGAGAAUCUAAAAGCUCAGAUGACCUUGAUUUUAGAGGUUCUCUCUCUGCUAUUCCUCAGUCAAAUGUUGCUUCCUUUAGCCUCAGUCAGAUGCAAUCUUCUUCAUCCAUGCCUUGGCUAGGUAGUGGACAGACAGCCACUGGAGCUGGGGUGCUCAUAAAAAGGAAUUUAAAUAAUGUGAAAAGGAUGGCCUCGCAUCCUGUUCACCAAUAUUAUCUUACUGGUGCUCAGGAUGGCAGUGUCCGCAUGUUUGAAUGGAGUCGUCCCCAGCAGCUUGUCUGCUUCCGCCAGGCUGGAAAUGCACGCGUUACAAGAUUGUAUUUUAAUGCUCAAGGGAAUAAGUGUGGUGUUGCUGAUGGUGAAGGAUUUUUAAGCAUCUGGCAAGUAAACCAGAAUGUAACAAAUCCAAAACAUUAUCUGAACUGGCAGUGUCAUACCAAAACAACAAGUGACUUUUCAUUCAUAACAUCGUCAAGCUUAGUGGCUACAGCUGGUCAAUCUAGUGACAACAGAAAUGUUUGUCUAUGGGAUACACUGAUAUCACCUAAUAACAGCCUGGUUCAUGCAUUUAAUUGCCAUGAGAAUGGUGCAACAGUACUUCAAUACGCACCUAAACAGCAGCUCUUGAUUACCGGUGGAAGAAAAGGUGCAAUCUGCAUCUUUGACAUUAGACAGAGACAAACACUUCAUUCAUUCCAGGCUCAUGAUUCUGCAAUUAAAGCCCUUGCCCUGGACUUAUCUGAAGAGUAUUUUGUUACUGGUUCUGCAGAAGGUAACAUGAAGGUGUGGAAGUUAACAGGCCAUGGUCUUAUCCAUUCAUUUAAAAACGAGCAUGCAAAGCAGUCUAUUUUUCGUAACAUUGGUGCUGGCGUUAUGCAGAUCGAAGUAGGUGAAAACAAGCGCAUCUUCUCCUGUGGAGCAGAUGGCACUUUGAAAAUGAGGAUGAUGCCUGCAGCCUUGAAGACACAGUCUGGCAUUUUUGAUAUCCUCUAAAAAGAUUGUAUUCCUGUUUUCAGCUUCCAGGUUUUGGUGAAAUCUUUUGAAGAAUUUAGUUUCUUCUUAAAUUAAAAUAGCUGUUCCUUAGAAUGGAGCUAUUAGGGUUAUUCACUGAAAAAAAGCCUUUGUUUCUUAAGCAAUGUAUGUGUUACUUGCGAUGGCUAUGCAUGUACCUUGUGUUCUGAAGUUGAAAGCGAAGGCCAGUGAAGUAGAGUGAUGUCUCAUGUAGUGUAUAUGCAGAACUAGAUUCACUUUUUCACUAUGGUUAGAUAUUUCAGCAUUAUUCAGGCUUUUCUUAGAUCUUUUAUGGCGCAACGUAAAGCCGAUGAAGUAAAGCCUUCACAUUGCAAUGAAAUGCACAAGAAUAAGAUUUUGCCAGGAAUAAACACAAGGAAAAAGUCUAUGACUCGAUGGUAUACAGUUUCUUGCAUGUGGUCUAUUAUUUAAAAGUUCUGCACAUAAUAUGCAACUAAACUAGUACCACAUGCUCAACCCAGGAGCGCUACUGGAGCCAAGUAACUAUGAAAGAGUAGAACGCCACAUUUUCCACAGAGUGAAGGAAUUACGAGCUGCCAAUACCAGUGUGGUUACUGGUGAGAUGGCAAAUCUUUUUAAGCGUUUACAUUUUCUUUGUUUUUGUGGGGGUUUUUUCCUUUCUUCUUUUUCCACUGAAAUCAAGGACAGAUGGCACUGAACAGUUACAAAUAUAGUUGUAUUUUAAGAAAGCAUGAUUGUUUUCCCUAUAGAUACAUUUGUGCAAAAAUGAAGUAAAUAUAUGUAUUGUCACUUUCAGCUACCACACUACAAAGUUUUUGCACUGAAAGUUUACCUUAAAGACACCUUGAGGCUGCUCGGUUCUAGAGUGGCAUUACGUUAGGAUAAACUUUUUUGCCGUUGUUGUUCCUAUUGAGGCUUUUCUUUUAUUACUUUUUUUAACUGGCUUUUAUUUAAUUUUUUCGAAUGAUUGUAAGUUUGCACAUUUUGUCCGUGUUUACAUCAUACUGUACUUUGCACAUCUUUUCUCGAUAGUUUGGUUGUUGAACGUCUUGUUUUCCCUCAAUCCUAUAAAUGUUAAUUGUUGUAAACAUGAGGGAACCUUUAUGCCGUCAUGUUUAGAUUUUCUUUUCUUUUUUUAAUUUGUUGAAGGUUAUUAUUAUUUUAGAUAAAUGUGUUUUUGGUUUGUGCACUUAAAUUAUUUUACCUCUCCCUAUUUGGUGCCCAUCUAUUAGGGAAAUAGAUGGGCAGGGAUAUGUGAAUAUAAUGAUAUAGAUUUAAAAUGAAUGUCAGGCUUUCUGUGGCCAGAUAGUAAAUAGAGCUUAAACUGAUACUAUUAAAUUAUUUCACCAUAUGUAUAAACUACAAAGUGUUUAAUAUUGUUUGCUUGUAACAUACUAGAUAGUGCUGUCCUAUUUUUGAUGUUUUUCUCUGUUGUAAACAACCACAUGCUUAGUAUGCUGCAGAAGCCGAUGUCCGCAACUUGUCUUUACUUUCCACUGCAAAUUUACAAGUGUAUGUCGUACUGUAAAUGAAAAUGGCAUUCCAUGCUCCCCUUCUUGUAACCUCUCCUGGUCAAUUAAAAUGUAUGAAGUAUGCAAAGGAAAGAAAGUUAUCUCUCAACUUUAACACUGUAGGUUAAAUAAACCUCUCAAAGAAACUGUGUGUGUUGAAAAUCCUGUAUGCUUCUAAAGAAUCUGUAGCGCUUGGCCUACAAAUUGUUUUGUUCGCAUUUUAUUGACUAUUAAAAAAAUAUCUGCUUA